AUGUGUCCUGGAGAUGCCCUGGGACACAUGCGAAGAUGCCGACCUAACCUCCAGCCUUCUGCUCCUCCCCCGGACUGUGACCUCACACGAGCCUCACCCACCCGCUGUGAGCUCCCCACAUCGGGCCCUAACCUGAAGAGCUCAGCUGCUUGUACGCAUUCCCCUCCUGGUGGGGCCCAACCAGGAGUACAUGGAGGGCGGCCGACUGACUGUGACGACCUCCGGAUCCUUCCAGAGUGGCAGUUGCCACUUCUUAGUUGCCCCAGUCUCCUGGGCUGUAAAUCACCAUCACUUCUGGGGGAUGGGUUUCUGUGCUGA